AUGCCACCAGACUUGAAAAUAUUGGUAGAUGAUGAUUCUGGAUGUGGGGAUCGUUUGACUCCUGAGGUGACAACUGGAAGUUCUGAUGCAAAGAAGGCAAGAAAUACUGGUAAGAACAGACACCUGCCUAGACGCAUUGCAGACAACAAAUUAAUUAUAGCAGCUGUUGUUCUAAUCACAGCUUUGAUCAUUACCAUAAUUGUAUUGGCUGUUAAAACAAAAUCACAUCCAUGUAGUCGUCCCUUUGCAAGCCAAGGUGUUGCCUGCCCAGAUUCCUGGAUUGGAUACCUAGGAAAGUGUUUCUAUGCAUCAAAAGAAGACAGGAAUUGGUCUCUCAGUUUAGAGACGUGUUCUUCGUUUAAUGCAUCUUUGGCUGUGAUUGAUUCUCAGAAGGAAUUGGAUUUUUGGGUAAAAAUUUUCAAACCAUUUCAUUACUGGAUUGGUCUCUCAAGAGAAGUUAACCAGGUCUGGAAGUGGUCCAAUGGCACAGAGUUUAGAAAUCAGUUUCCAGUGCGAGGGGAAGGCUUCUGUGCAUAUCUAAAUGGAAAAGGGGCUGAUAGCACCUUGUGUUCCAUGGAGAAACUUUUUCUCUGCAGCCGGCCAGAAAGUUGUAGGAUACCUGGAUAUCAACCUCAUCCAAAGAAGGAACUCUUGCCUUGA